AUGGCUAGUGGGCCUGUAUACUUUGAAUGGUUUAUUAUCCGUGGAGAUGAAUGUCGAUUUAAUGACCCAAACGUCACUAGAAUUACUACUUUGAGUCAAGAUCAGUGUUUUUCAGUAUUAGAAUAUACCUUUAACUCUUCAGGUGUUUAUUGUGUUAAUGUUACGGCUGUAAAUUUUGGAGGUAGUUACCUUAAGAAAUCUAUACUUCACAUAAGCGGAACGGUAUCGCCUGCAAUUACGGCAACAAUCGCGGCUGCGAUAAUACUUAUAUUUAUUUCUCUGUUACUACUUUACAUCAUGUACGCUCAAACUACCACUCGCAAACGACGAGUAGAAGUUGCUAGUUUUGAUUAUCUACUUCCACCACCGCAAGAUGAAAGAAGUACGUUUAAGAAAUUGACUGAUUGGUUUAAAAGUCGUGAUCAAAAUGAUAAUAAUCGCCUGCCGUUACUUAUCGAUACGGGUGAUAAUUACGGUAGCAUCACUCCCAACAGAUUAGAUAAUAAUGUUUAUGAGCUUUAA